AUGCCAGGCAACCCAGAGAACAUCCCCCUGGGAGAGUGCACCCUCUCCCAGUCCAGGGACCAGCUGACGCCCCCGAGCCGCACAGAGAGCACGGUGUUCAGCCUCUCUCGCAGCGAGUCCCUCUGGACCACCGAGACCUCCCGCAGCAAAUGUGAAGUCUACUGGUUCCCCAUCCACCUCAUGUCCACCGGCGGCAGCUUCCUGGCAUGUGGCAUCAUCAUCAGCGGCCUUUACUUUGCCGGGCACUGCAAGAAGGUCACUAACAUCCUGGGACCGGCCCUGCUGUCCAUUGGGCUGAUGGUUUUUGUGGUGGGCGUGGUCCUGAUCCCCAUCACCAAGGAGAACAGGAAGCAGUCGAACAUGAAGAGGCCCCUGAGCUACUACAGGCCUCCUGUGUUCAAUCUGUGAUGAUCUGGGUUUUGAUGUCCCGUCACAAAACUUUGUGUUUGGAAAUAACUCGGACUGAGACACCGCAGUGAAAUGAAAUGUACCGUUUCAGCAUGGGAGCAUCUGUGGAGAAUAAUUAUAAAAACUCUACGUGGUGGUGACAUUUUUAUUUAUUCCUCUGAUUCACCGGGAUUGACAAAAUUAAGCACUUAUCUCUGUCUCAAGUGUGCAUGACAACAUUUGCAUUAAUAGCCAUGGCUGUCGAAAAGAAGGUGAGAGUGCAAGGACAACAGUGUGCCGCAUAAAACGCAAUUAUUCACACAUUCACACACAAUUUGGCGAUAUGAGGAUACAAGAGAGCAAACUGUCCUUAUGAAUAUUUAUGAGGGAAAAGUGGACAUGGGGGAUUUCCUAAUGCUGUGUGGUACAGUAUAUGACAA